AUGGCUCCUACCGCAGUUGACCUCCACAGAGAAUACGAAUCGUCUCUUGCUCAAGAAAAUGGCAUCCCAUUCCAGCCAAAGAGCAGAAGAGACUCCGUUGCAAGCACUUUGGGUCUGAACCCAGAGGCCACCAUCCGUUACAACUCCUCUUUCCCAAUCUUGUACGAGGACGGAUUGAAGGAGAAAGGCACCUCGAUUUCCUCUUCUGGUGCCCUGAUCGCUUAUUCUGGCUCCAAAACAGGACGGUCUCCAAAGGACAAGAGAAUCGUUGACGAGGAGUCUUCCACAGAGAACAUCUGGUGGGGACCGGUCAACAAGAAGGUGGACGAACAGACUUGGAAGAUUUCCAAGAGCAGAGCCAUCGACUACCUCAGAACCAGAGAAAAAGUCUACAUCAUCGAUGCCUUUGCUGGCUGGGAUCCUCGCUACAGAAUUAAGGUGAGAGUCGUUUGUGCUCGUGCUUACCAUGCGCUAUUUAUGAAAAACAUGCUGAUCAGACCAACCGAAGAGGAGCUCCGCGACUUCGGAGAACCAGACUUCACCAUCUGGAACGCUGGUCAGUUCCCUGCCAAUGUCUUUACGAAAGGUAUGACUUCUGCAACCAGUGUGGAAAUAAAUUUCAAGGACAUGGAGAUGGUGAUUCUGGGAACCGAGUAUGCUGGAGAGAUGAAGAAGGGUAUUUUCACAGUGAUGUUCUACCUCAUGCCAAUAAAACACAAGGUGUUGACUUUGCACUCGUCUGCCAACCAGGGAAUCGAGCACGGAGACGUGACUCUUUUCUUUGGACUCUCAGGAACAGGAAAAACCACUCUCAGUGCUGACCCUAACCGUAAGCUGAUCGGUGACGACGAGCACUGCUGGUCCGACCACGGUGUUUUCAACAUCGAAGGUGGCUGCUACGCCAAGUGCCUGGACCUUUCUGCAGAAAAGGAGCCGGAAAUCUUCAACGCCAUCAAGUUCGGCUCUGUGUUGGAGAACGUUGUCUACGACCCGGUUUCCAGACUUGUCGACUACAACGAUUCGGUGAUCACUGAGAACACCAGAUGUGCGUACCCGAUCGAGUACAUUCCUUCUGCCAAGAUCCCAUGCUUGGCAGACAAGCACCCAAAGAACAUUGUGUUAUUGACCUGCGAUGCCAGAGGUGUGCUUCCGCCAGUUUCCAAACUAACGAACGCCCAGGUGAUGUACCACUUCAUCUCUGGAUACACCUCCAAGAUGGCCGGAACUGAGGACGGUGUCACCGAGCCAGAGGCCACUUUCUCUGCAUGUUUCGGACAGCCAUUCCUGGUGCUGCACCCAAUGAAGUACGCCCAACAGCUGUCUGACAAGAUCAGCGAGCACAACUCCGACGCCUGGUUGCUCAAUACCGGAUGGACAGGCAAGUCUGCCUCCAAGGGCGGAAAGCGUUGUCCAUUGAAGUACACCCGGGCCAUUUUGGACGCCAUCCACUCUGGCGAGCUCAAGAAGGCCGAGUUCGAGACCUACCCAACCUUUGGAUUGCAGGUGCCUAAGGCUGUUCCUGGUGUUCCAGCCUCGAUCCUGAACCCUGCCCGUAACUGGGACGAUGGUGUGAAGGGUUUCAACACAGAGGUCACCAACCUGGCCCAGCUGUUCAUGGAGAAUUUCGAGAAAUACAGCACCCAUUGCACAGAGGAGGUGAAGGCUGCCGGCCCUGCUUUGUAA